AAAUAAAAAGCUACUAGGAGUAGUUUAAUUCCUCGGUGUCAGCGUCGUGUCGCGUCUCUCCUCUCCCUUUCUCCUCCCUCCCUUCCCUUUGUCCUGGCACACCCGUCGCCUCUUGAUUCCUCGGCCCCAAUCAGCACCUCCCCACCUUUCCCCACCUGAAUCAGCACCUCCGGCGGCGGUUUGCCUCGGCCGACCUUGUCGGCGGCGCGGCGCUCGUCAGCUCAGGUCAGGACCACCUUGCUGCUGAGUCGACUGACUAUCGGUUCGGGUCGGCCGUCCAGCGGCGUGCGUGCUCCUGUUAGCGAGGCCGACGACGCGGUUGAGCUGCAUUUUUUUGCUAGGUCUUCUGCAACUAUUGAUGUCCUCCUUCUAAGAUAUAAAGGGAAAAAAUAAUCAUUUGUUAGAUACAUGGACAAAAUGGCAACGAGUUGUAGGUCUUGCUUAAUCCUGAUGCUUUAGUCGAGACGGCUUGAUGGAACCUAGAAAAGAUGAUGCCCCGUACGCAGGUCAGGGCACUGUACAUGGAUCCUCAAGUUCAACAUCUACCAGCUCCCCAGUUCCAGAGUACCCUGCUACAGGCACCGUUAAGCCUGUCCUUAAUUUUUCAAUCCAGACUGGGGAGGAGUUUGCUCUUGAAUUCAUGAGGGAUCGAACUAUAUCCAAGAAGCCUCCGGUUCCUGUUAUGCCUCGUGAUCAAACUGCUGCAGCUGGUGCCAAUCAAAAAAGUUCUAGAGGAAUCCUUGGUGCUCACCGUACCGGAGCUGAAAGUAGGUUUGAUGCAUCAAUUUAUUUGACUACAGAUAAUCAGCAAGCCGGGGACUUUGAAAGAAGAUCUGUUGAUGAAAACGAAAAUAGAACCAGGCACGUAUCAACUAGAUCGGCUCCACGAGCUCCAUCUAGUGGUGGAAGUAGUCAUGGACUGACCCAUGGUUAUGCUUCUUCUGGGGCCUCAGACUCCUCAAGAAAGAUAAAAAUUCUCUGUAGCUUUGGGGGGAAAAUAUUACCCCGACCAAGUGAUGGGAAGCUUAGGUAUGCUGGUGGCGAGACACGUAUAAUUCGAAUCAAUAGAAAUACUUCCUGGCAGGAGCUCAAACAGAAGACGACAGCCAUCUAUAAUCAACCUCAUACUAUCAAGUAUCAGCUACCUGGUGAAGAUCUUGAUGCACUGAUCUCAGUUUCGAAUGAUGAAGAUUUGAGAAACAUGAUGGAGGAAUGUGCCUUCCUUGAUAGUGGCGAGAGGUCCCAGAAGCUUAGGAUCUUUCUCGUGUCCUCGGUUGAUUUUGAUGACAUGAAUUUCAGCCUGGGCAGUAUGGAUAGCGAUUCUGGGAUCCAGUAUGUUGUUGCCAUCAACGGAAUGGAUAUGGGAGCUGCAAAACCUUCAAGUGGGCAUGCUUUAGUAAACACAUCCAUCAGCGAGUUUGAUCAGUUCAUUAACUUCAAUGUUGACAUUAAUCAGGCAGAUUUAAGGAAUUACGGUUCCAGUUUGCAUAAUGUGACUGCAUCAACUUCUACGCCUCCUGCUAUGAUGUCGAGACCAGUACCAGUGGGUCUAUCCAGUGAUAAUACUGCAACUUUGUAUUCUUACCUUAGCCAUGGGAUCCAGAAUGUGCAUGGUUCUGAUUACUCUUAUCCAACUUCCAGUGAAAGAUUUAAUGAUAACGACGACCAGAUGUCUAUUCCUCUAUCGGGCCCUUCAGACUUUAGAUAUGCUUCCCAAUAUGCACCUUAUUCUGGAACUGCUUCACUGCGAUCUUUUGAGCAACAGUUUUAUGACGGUGGCAUGAAGAUAGGAUCAAUGAAGGAGGAAAAACAGGAUUCUGUUAAAAUGCCGCUUCAAAAGAAUGGACUGGAUUAUUUUGAGUCUCUUGAUAAUCUGAAUGCUCCUAUGCUGGAUCAUGACUCUUCUGUUCCGAAAUUUAUGCAUUCGGAAGUCCCUCCCAUUGCUUCUGUUCAAGAAGGCUUAGCAUCUUCUUUUCAUCCAAGUUACAGUGCAAAGAGCCUAGAUACUUAUACAGCAUCAAAAGCUAUGUCUCCUACUCAGGGUUCAGAGUGUAAUGAAGAUGAUCGCCAAUCUAGUGAAGCUUUUGCAUCUGGGUGUUCUGAAUUUCAAGUUGACAUGUCAGAUCACAGCAAUAAGAAUUCACCACCUCACCCUGGACGAGUUUUUCAUUCUGACUGGAUUCCAAGGGAGCAGGCAGGGGUUCUGAACCGGUUAUCUAAAUCUGAUGAUCCACUUAAUUCUCAGAUUCUGAUUCUUCAGUCACAAUCUCGUGUGGUAAAUGAACCCAUUGCAGAAGCCAUUGAUCCUGCAGUUGAGGGGAAUGAAAAAACAAAUUUAGCCACAUGGGCAAUAAAUUUUAACGAUCCAGCUACUGUUGAUAGUCUCACACAGUUUGAAAAAGAAUACAGCAAUACUGCACAACAUACUUCUUUUAAUAAACAACUGGUUGGCGAGAAGAUGUCCUCGAAAGAUAUGAGUAUGCAUACACCAGAAAAGAUUGUAGCCAGAGGUAAACCGACCAAGAUAACUGGUGAUGGCAUAGAAGCAGCUAAUCUGUGGGGAGAUCAUGCUGAUAUGGGACAUCAUUUUAGUCGGGAUACUCCCAAGCCUGCGUUGUCAACUGAUGUUGAAUGUGAUCUAGUUGUGCCAAGUUCCACCAGUACAGUUAAUGAUUCUCAUAAGGAACCAAUUGUCCCUAAAACAGAUAAAAGAGACAUUGCUGGUGGUACUGGUGAGAGGACUUCCCCUGACAUUCUUUCUGAUUUCUUUGCCAACGCUAACGCUGUAGUGCAAUCACGUCCUUUUAAUGAUCCUGUCCUUAGCUUGAACAUGCCUAACUAUGAACCCCAGAGGUGGUCAUUCUUCAGAAAUCUUGCACAAAAUGAGUUUCAACAUAAAGACCGGGACAACCUGGCAAAGAUUGAGGAAGGAUCUUAUCCUUUUGGACGUUUAGAGCACGAUGCAUUUAAUGUGAAGAAUUUUCCUCCUCUGGAUGAUAUUAGUGUCGAAAUACUUCCAGUGUCUUCCAGCUCCAAUGUUGACUCUACUAUUUUGCCUCCAGCUUUUAUCCCAUCACAAACCAACAAUGCACCAGCACCUGUGAGGAAGAAUGUUGAAGGGCUUCAGGUUGAUAACCCUUUUCCAAAUAUGCAUGAGAUGAUGCCAUCUGUUCCUGAGUUUGAGGAGACAACAUUUGAAGAGGGCAGAGCUGUUGGACCAGUAAUGGAUGCUUCUUUUGUCGAUAAUGAUUUUGAAUACUUGCAGAUUAUCAAGAAUGAAGACCUUGAAGAACUUAGGGAACUUGGUUCUGGCACAUUUGGAACUGUAUACCAUGGGAAAUGGAGGGGGAGUGAUGUGGCCAUUAAGAGAAUAAAGAAAAGCUGUUUUGCAGGGCGAUCUUCUGAGCUAGAAAGAUUAGCAAAUGAAUUCUGGCGUGAAGCUGAAAUCCUCUCAAAGCUUCACCACCCUAAUGUUGUGGCUUUUUAUGGCGUUGUGAAAGAUGGGCCAGGUGGUACCUUGGCAACUGUAACUGAGUUUAUGGUUAAUGGUUCUCUUCGGCAUGUCUUGCAGCGAAACAAAAACCUUGAUCGGCGUAAGCGGCUUAUCAUAGCAAUGGAUGCAGCAUUUGGACUGGAGUAUUUGCACUCGAAAAAUAUUGUGCACUUUGAUUUGAAGUGCGAUAACUUGCUCGUGAAUCUUAAAGAUCAGUCGCGCCCUAUAUGUAAAGUUGGUGAUUUUGGGUUAUCCAAAAUUAAAAGAAACACCCUGGUUUCAGGUGGUGUAAGGGGGACCCUCCCAUGGAUGGCCCCGGAAUUACUCAACGGGGGAAGCAAUAAGGUGUCUGAGAAGGUUGAUGUAUUUUCCUUUGGCAUUGUCAUGUGGGAAAUCCUCACUGGAGAAGAACCAUAUGCCAAUAUGCAUUAUGGUGCAAUUAUAGGGGGAAUCGUAAACAACACAUUGAGGCCGCAUGUGCCAGCCUCAUGUGACCCGGAGUGGAGAAGACUAAUGGAGCAAUGCUGGGCCCCGGAUCCGGCACAACGCCCGGCCUUCACAGAGAUUGCUGGGCGACUCCGUUCCAUGUCUGUCGCGGCAAGUCAGGCAAAGGCAAGCUCCAAAUAAAGGAUGCAGGUGGAUUACUUGUUUUAUGCUCCAAAUUAUGGCUUUUAUUUUUAUUGAAAGUUUAUGCAUACGUGUAUGUUAUAGAGGUGUAAAGUUAGUCAUUAGUGCUCUCAUUUAUACCAUCUCAUGAACUGGUCUGUAUCCAGUUACAUUUUUACAUGACGAUUUAUUUGGGGGUUGUAUGAUGUACAAAGCUUAACUUGGACUUUGCUGAAACAUUAUCUUGUAAAGCUCCUUGUCAUAAGCAGAAAACAGAGGUGAAAGUGUAUGCAGAAUGCUUAUAGAGAUACUAUACUAUAUACUGUACAAUUAGGCCUUGUACUAGAUACUAUACUAUAUUCUAAGAUAACGAGUGCCUGUUUCUAGACCU